AUGCCAGUCAUGUCCGUCCACAGAAUCCACGUCCAACGACCAUCAUCCUGCAAUGGGGGAGAUCUUCUGGCAUGGGAGCAAAGUGCCGAUGCACUGAACGCGCUGGGCCAGGAGCCUGAGCCCUGGUCGCCGCAACCUUAA